GCCAGGAAGUCUGAGCCGCCAGGAGUCAUGGGGUCGAUUCCCAGAAUCCCAGGGUCCGGGAGGCCAGGGCAGGGCCAGGAGUUGGACAAACAGCUCAAAGGUGAGCCAGCGUGGGGCUCUGGACCAGGCCUGGCCAGCCGGACGGGGCACCAUGAGGCUGCUGAUCUUCCUGGGGCUGCUGUGGGGCUCAGCGGCCGGCGCCCCGGGCCUGCAGUGGCCCAAGCCCGUGUUCGGGCGCCUGGCAUCCCCCGGCUUCCCCGGGGAGUACGCCAACAACCAGGAGCGGCACUGGACGCUGACCGCGCCCCCCGGCUACCGCCUGCGCCUCUACUUCACCCACUUCCACCUGGAGCUCUCCUACCUCUGCGACUGAGCUCAGGAACCAAGGUGCUGGCCACACUGUGCGGCUGGGAGAGCACAGACACAGAGCUGGCGCCCGGCAACGACACCUUCUACUCGCCGGGCUCCAGCCUGGACGUCACCUUCCACUCCGACUACUCCAACGAGAAGCCGUUCACGGGCUUUGAGGCCUUCUACGCAGCAGAGGACAUCGACGAGUGCCAGGUGACCCCAGGAGAGGCGCCCCCCUGCGACCACCACUGCCACAACCACCUGGGUGGCUUCUACUGCUCCUGCCGAGCGGGCUACGUGCUCCACCAGAACAAGCGCACCUGCUCAGCCCUCUGCUUGGGCCAGGUCUUCACCGACCGGUCUGGGGUGAUCAGCAGCCCUGAAUACCCACAGCCGUACCCCAAACUCUCCAGUUGCACCUACAGCAUCCACCUGGAGGAGGGGUUCAGUAUCAUCCUCAACUUCGUGGAGUCCUUCAACGUGGAGAUGCACCCCGAAAUCCAGUGCCCCUACGACUCCCUCAAGAUUCAGACAGACAAAGCGGAGUACGGCCCAUUUUGUGGGGACACAUUGCCUGGCAGGAUUGAAACGAAGAGCAACAUCGUGACCAUCAUCUUUGUUACCGACCAGUCGGGGGACCACGCGGGCUGGAAGAUCCGCUACAGCAGCACAGCCCACCAGUACAGACUUGCUUAUUCCAGUUCUCGGCCUUGUCCUGAUCCGACGGCACCACCUAAUGGCCACAUCACACCUGUGCAAGCCACAUACAUCCUGAAAGACAGCUUCUCCAUCUUCUGCGAGACUGGCUACGAGCUUCUCCAAGGGGGUUAUUUGCCCCUGAAAUCAUUUGCUGCAGUCUGUCAGAAAGAUGGAUCUUGGGACCAACCGAUGCCGGAGUGCAGCGUUGUUGACUGUGGCCCUCCUGAUCAUCUCCCCAGUGGCCACGUGGAGUAUCUCACAGGUCCUGAAGCGACCACAUACAAAGCUGAGAUUCAAUACCACUGCAAUGAAACCUUCUACACAAUGACAACAAAUGAUGGUAAAUAUGUGUGUGAGGCUGAUGGAUUCUGGACGAGCUCCAAAGGAGAAAAAUCACUCCCCGUUUGCGAGCCUGUUUGUGGAAAAUCAACUCGUACUACAAGAGGCCGUAUACACGGAGGGCAAAAUGCAAAGCUUGGUGAUUUUCCCUGGCAAGUCCUGUUACUAGGUGAAGCUACAGCAGCAGGUGCACUUUUAUAUGACAAAUGGAUCCUAACAGCUGCUCAUGCUGUAUAUGGGCAAAGAGAAGAUGCCUCUUCCCUAGACAUUAGAAUGGGUGCCCUGAAGAGACUGUCACCUCAUUACACACAAGCCUGGGCUGAGGCCAUUUUUAUACAUGAAGAUUACAAUCAUGAUACUGGUUUCGAUAAUGACAUAGCACUGAUUAAAUUGAAGAACAAAGUUGUAAUCAACAGCAACAUCCUGCCUAUUUGUUUACCAAGAAAAGAAGCUGAAUCCUUCAUGAGAACAGAUGACAUCGGAACUGCAGCUGGGUGGGGAUUAACUGAAAGAGGUUUUCUUGCCAGAAAUCUAAAGUUUGUUGACAUACCAGUUGUUGACCACCAAAAAUGUACUGCUGCAUAUGAAAAGAAGCCCUAUCCAGGGGGAAGGGUAACUGGUAACAUGCUUUGUGCUGGCUUAGAAAGCGGGGGCAAGGACAGCUGUAAAGGUGACAGUGGAGGAGCAUUAGUGUUUCUAGAUAAUGAGACACAGACGUGGUUUGUGGGAGGAAUAGUGUCCUGGGGUUCCAUUAAUUGUGGGGAAGCAGAUCAGUAUGGGGUCUACACAAAGGUCAUUAACUAUAUUCCCUGGAUCAAGAACAUAAUCGAUAAUUUUUAAUUUUAUGUCUUCCGUCAGGAAAUGAUUCCUCAUUUUAAAAAAAUACCUGUAAAACAUCUUAGCAGCACAAUGUGACCUGAGAAAUAUUAACACAGCAGUUGUUGCUACGCUGAAAAACCAAAACCAAACUACAGGUGGGAAUGCCAUGACAGGCACUUCUCAGCUCGCCAGCUUUUCACCCCUUACUCUUUAAUUUGAGGAGACAUAAAACAUUAUAGUAAUAUUCACCAUCUUUGCCAAUCCAAUAGAAACUCACUGGUUAAAUUUGUAUUUAAUUACUUACAAAGUCCAGUAUCCCUUUUUUGGACUGGCUGUUUGCAUUUCUGUAAAAUGCCUGUUCGUGUUCUUAGACUAUUUUUCUAUUGUUUUGGGACUUUUCUUAUUGAUCUCUAAGAGAGCGUGAUAUAAUACAGCAGUAUUGGUUCAGGAACAACCUUGAAUCGUGGUUUUUUUUUGGUAGAUCAAUUGGAAACAUCAAUAAUUUAGCCUAGGUAUUGACUGAUUUCCAUGUUAAAAACCAAUACCACAAAACGAUGAGAUACAAUUUUUCAGUUAUCAAAUUGGCAGACAAAAACAACAUGGAAUGGCGCUAUUUGACGUUGUCAUACAACAUAAAUUUUCUAAAGGACAAUUUGGCAAUAUAUAUCAAAAGCCUUAAAAACAUGCAGUCUUUGACCUAGUAAUUCCACUGCUAAGAAAUUAAUUUAGCUGUGAGGAUGUUCCUAGCACCUGGAAAUAACCUAAAUAAUGUUCAAACUCAGACGACAGCUGAAUCAAAGGUGGCAUUUCCAUAAAAUGAAAUGUGACAUUAGAAAUAAGUGAUGAUCUUAUAGAUAAAUCUGUAGUGUUUUUUUUUCCUUUUUACAGUGAAUACGAAAUAGUCGGG